AUGUCAUCUGAAGCUGCUACUCCUGCUAUGUCUGUAACAACCGAAGAUCGUGAAGGUGGGAAGUCUACUCAUUUAUUUGUUUUAAUUCAUGGCUUAUGGGGCAGUCCAAAUCACAUGCGCACUAUUGAACGGUAUAUAAAAGAAUCUUUACCCACCACAACAGAUGAUGAGAUAGCUACUCUUAAGCCUGCAAGUUUUAGAUUUUGGAAAACCUACGAUGGUUUAGAUCUUAAUUCAAGGAAAAUUAUCACUGAGAUUUUCUAUGAAAUUGAAUCUUUACGCGAGAAGAAUGGUUUAACGGUUACAAAGAUUAGUUUUAUUGGGUAUUCAUUGGGUGGGUUAUUAUCACGUUAUGUGAUUGGGCUUUUGGAUGAGCUAGGCUUUUUUGACCAAGUGCAGCCAGUGUUUUUUUCUACUUUUGCUACCCCCCAUGUGGGCGUUGAGUUUUUUCGUGACAAUAUUUUUGAUAAUAUUGCCAAUAUAGUUGGUCCUUAUUUAUUUGGAAAAUCGGGUGGGCAGCUUUUUCUAGCCGAUAAAGAGAGGGUUUUGGUCAAAAUGGCUGAUCAUAAAGGGAAGUUUUAUCAAGGUUUGGCUAAAUUUCGAACACAUACAUUGUUGGCAAAUGUUCGAAAUGAUAGAACAGUGGCAUUUUUCACAUCUUUUAUAACACCGUAUUCUCCGUUUGAUGAAUUUGAUUUAGUGAAAAUAAAGUAUUUGAAAAGUCUUCCAGAAACAAAGAUAGCAGGUAAACUUGUGAGGCCUAAAAUUGUUGAUUUGGCAAGAUCACAUAAAUUAGCCCAUGAUGAUUCCAAAUUAUUUCCUGGUAAUUUACAAGAAGAAACGCCAUUUGUUAGAAAGAACAAAUACGCGCGUAUUUUAGUCGUAGUGGGUUUAGUCAUGUUGAUUGUGCCGUUGUGGAUUCCAUUCAUAUUGACGACUAGUACUAUGGUAUCAGUUUACAGUUUUGUCAAAGUCAGGAUCCAUAGACUUCCCAAUGUUAAAGAGCAUUGGUCAAGGGUAAUCAACUAUGUGUACAAAGAUAAACCCAUGGAUCCUCAGGAUGCGGAAGCAAGUCAAAAACAACGUGAAAAGCGUAAACAGCUAGCUCAACAUGAGAGUUUCAAAGGUGAUACUUCACAUAUCACUGAGAAUGCAAUGGAAGGAAUGCUUUAUGCAGAGGAACAUUUUUUACAUAGAAGCAAGAGUUCAGGGUCGGUGAUUCCAGAAGGUGAUGGAAGCAAUGAAGAUUCAGAAGGUGAGAGUUACAGCAAUAAGACUGGUACAAAAGACACUCAGAAGGAUUCCAAUUUUCAGCAAAUUUAUCUUGAUAGUAGAUCUUCAACAAAGCUAGUUGAAAUUGACUUCAAGGCCAAUGACGAAGUCAUGCAAACUAAAUCUCCUCUUCUUCAAGACUACUCCAAAAUCACCUUGUUCAACAAGGAAUCGGAAUUGAAAUUAGACGAAGCGAAAAGAUUCAUAAUGGAUUCAUUAAACGAGUUGAAUUGGAUUAAAAUCCCUGUUUUCCUUGAUGUUUGGAAUGCUCAUGAUGGGAUUGUUAGUCGUAGAGGUCCUAAAACUAACCCCAAAGGAGCUGCUACCAUUGGUGUUUGGGUUUCCAUAUUGAGAAAUUAUUUAAAAGAAGAAGGGAAAGAUAGAGGGUCGCAAAAAAUAAAUUAA